AUUGGAUUCAGAUGUUCCAAUCACCUCCAUGGCCACAGGUGUAUAAAAUCUGUGGCCCUGGGCAUGCAGACUGCUUCUACAAACAUUUGUGAAAGAAUGGGUCGCUCUCAAGAGCUCAGCAAAUUCAAGCGUGGUACUGUGAUAGGUUGCCACCUGUACAAUAAGUCCAUCUGUAAAAUUUCCUUGCUACUAAAUAUUCCACGGUCAACUAUUAGUGGUAUUAUAACAAAGUGGAAGCAACUGGGAACAACAGCAACUCAGCCACAAAGUGGUAGGCCAUGUAAAAUGACUGAGUGGGGUCAGCGCAUGCUGAAGUGCACAGUGCGCAGAAGCCGCCAACUGUCUGUAGAAUCAAUAGCUAAAGACCUCAAAACUUCGUGUGGGCCUUCAGAUUAGCCCAACAACAGUAGAGAGCUUCAUGGAGUGGGUUUCCAUAGCCGAGCAGCUGCAUACAACCCUUAAAUCACCAAGUGCAAUGCAAAGCAUCGUAUGCAGUGGUGCAAAGCACGCCGCCACUAGACUAGAUUGUUCUAUGGAGUGACAAAUCACUUCUCUGUCUGGCAAUCCAAUGGAUUUGUAUGGGUUUUGCGGUUACCAGGAGAAUAGUAAUUGCCUGAAUGCAUUGUGCAAGUGUAUAGUUUGGUGGAGGGGGGAUUUUUCAGGGGUUGGGCUUGGCCCCUUAGUUCCAGUGAAGGGAAAUCUUAA